AGGUGUAAUAACAUAUAGCUGAUCUUGAGGCAUGACUAUGGCUGAUGCUUCGUCUUCAUCACCGUCUUCUUCUAUAAUUACGAUCACAAAGAAGUACGAUGCAUUCAUCAGUUUCAGAGGUGAAGACACCAGGCAUAACUUCACAAGCCAUCUUUGUGCCGCCUUACGUCGGAAAAAAGUCGACAUUUACAUCGACGAGGACGAUCUCGAGAGGGGAGAAGAAAUUUCACCGGCCCUUUUACAGGCAAUAGACAACUCAAAGAUUGCGGUGAUAAUUUUUUCGGAAAACUAUGCGUCUUCCUCGUGGUGCUUGGACGAACUGUUGCAAAUUCUCCGUUGCAGAGAAAACAAUGGACAGCUGGAAGCUGUGCCUAUUUUCUACAACAUUGAUCCUUCAUGCGUGAGAAAACAGCAGGGGAGCUACGCAACUGCAUUUGCCGAUCAUGAAAAGCGAUUCAAAGACAGGGUGAAACUUCACGCGUGGAGGGAUGCAUUGACCAAAGCAGCCAAUUUAUCCGGUUGGCCUUCGAAUGAAUUUCGGCCUGAAUCCAAACUAGUUGAGACAGUUGUUGAAGAUAUAAUCAGAAAACUGAGAACUAAAUCAUCAAGUGAGAGUGUCAAAGACCUAGUUGGAAUCAACCAACGCAUUGAGAAAAUCGACUCAUUACUGUCAAUUGGCUCAUCUGAUGUUCGCAUUAUAGGCAUUUGGGGCCAAGGUGGCAUAGGAAAAACGACACUUGCUUCUGUUAUAUAUAGCAGGUUAUAUUCCCAAUAUGAGGGUUGUUGCUAUCUUUCAAACGUUAGAGAAGAAUGGGAGAAAGGCAGUCGCAAGCAGGGUGACUUACAAAAUGAGCUUCUCUCGGAGUUGUUAGAUGAAAAGAUUACAACGUUGAACAUCCCUUUUGUAAGAUUAGAUUUUGACAUGGACAGGCUUCACUCUAAAAGAGUUCUCAUAGUUCUUGACGAUGUCAGUAAUCACGAGCAAUUAGAGUUUCUCAUUGGUGACCGUGGUUGGUUUGGUCUUGGCAGUAGAAUUAUCAUCACAACGAGGGAUAUGCGAUUGCUUGAGAACCGCGCUGAUGCAACAUACAGAGUGGAAGAAUUAAGCUUUGAUGAAGCUUUUCAUCUCUUUCAUUUAAAUGCUUCAAAGAAAAACUCUCCCAUAAUAAAGGACAAAGAGCUAUCAGAAAGGGUGGUGAAGUAUGCUAGAGGCAUUCCACUAGCUCUUGAAGUUUUGAUGGGUUCUCUUUUUAGUUACAAGAGCAAAAAAAAGUGGGAAAGUAUAUUAGCUGACCUGAAAAAUUCUCCUGAUGGUAGGGUUCAGAAUGUCUACAGAGUAAGUUAUGAUGGACUGACGGAAAAGCACAAGGAACUAUUUCUUGACAUAGCAUGCUUUUUCAAAGGGGAAAAGAGAGAUUUUGUAACAAGAGUGUUGGAUGGUUGUGAUUUCUUUGAUGAUACGAAAAUAGACGAUCUCGUUGAAAAGUCGCUCAUAACUAUUUCUCCCAAAGAUGAGCUCUUGAUGCAUGAUCUGAUACAAGAAACGGGCCGGGAAAUUGUUCGUCAACAAUCCAUUAAGCAGCCUGGAAAGCGUAGUAGGCUGUGGAUUCCUCAUGAUGUUUAUCAUGUAUUCAAAAAUAAUAAAGUGAGUGCAAUGGUAGAAGUAAUACUUGUUGACGUUUCUAAGAUUAAAGAACUACACUUGAGUCCUAAAAUGUUCAAAGAGGCAAGUAAUCUCAGAUUGCUGAAGAUUUAUAACUCUAGCAACAGUAAAGAGUGCAAAUUGUACCUUCCUCAAGAUCUUCAGUUCCUCCCUGAUGCACUUAGAUAUCUUCAAUGGGAUGAGUAUCCUUCAAAAUCUUUACCAACAAAUUUUGAUUCUGAGCAGCUUGUUGAACUUAUCAUGCCAAACAGCCAAGUUGAGAAACUUUGGGAUGGAGCUCAGCCUUUACCGAGCUUAAAAGUUAUUAAUCUGAGUUUCUGUCAACACUUGAAACAUAUGCCAGAUCUGUCUCAAGCUCCAAACCUUGAGAUUAUAUAUCUCAUCAAAUGCACAAGCUUGUUUCUAAUCCCAUCACAUAACUUUCGCAACCUUUACAAGCUAACUCAUUUGUAUCUAGACAACUGUGAUAAGCUAAGGAGUCUUCCCGACAUUAAUCGGUUGAGAUCUCUUGAAACUCUUCGUCUUUGGGACUGCUGGAAUCUUGAAAGUGUUCCAGAAAUAAGCGAAAAUGUGAGUUACUUGUAUUUAAAUGAGACGAAAGUAAAAGAAUUGCCUGCAUCAAUUGGGUUUUUGGACAAGCUAGCCGAGCUGCGUCUUCAGAAUUGUCGCUUUCUUAAGACUCUUCCGGCAAGCAUGUUCCGGUUGAGUUCCCUGGAAAUUCUUUAUCUAUCAGGUUGCUCGUCUCUUGAAAAGAUACCAGACCUUCCAAGGAAUGUAAGAAAGUUAUGUUUGAGUGAAACUAGAAUACAAGAUUUGCCUGCAUCAAUUGGUCUCUUGGGAAAACUUGAGUAUUUGGAGCUUAAAAGUUGUACCUCCCUUAAGAGCCUUCCAACAAGCAUGAGUGAAUUGGAUUCUCUAGAAGAACUUUAUCUGGUGGGCUGCUCAUCUCUUGAACAAGUACUAGAGCUUCCAAAGAAUCUAUUUAAAUUGGAUUUGAGCGGGACGGCAAUAGAACAGGUACCCUCAUCAAUUGGAGCUCUCUUUAACCUUGUGAAUCUUCAUCUCACUGACUGCAAAAAGCUUCGGACACUCCCUACCAGCAUUUGUAAGCUCAAGUGUCUGAGGUAUAUUUAUCUACAAGGUUGCUCAAAAUUUGAUAACUUCCCAGAAAUCUUGGAGCCUCUGGAAAGUUUAUUUUCUCUCGUUUUAUCUGGAACAGCUAUUAAAGAGCUACCGUCAUCGAUCGAAAAACUGGUCAAACUUAAAAGCUUACUCUUGAAGAACUGUGAAAAUCUCCAAUUUCUCCCAAGCAGUAUCUACAAUUUGAAAAUUCAGUCGCUAGACCUUUCUGGUUGUUCACAACUUACAAAGCUACCUCCCCUGAGAACUGUCAAUGGUUUUUCCAAUUUGUCUAGGCUGCAUAUGUAUGAAUGUAAUGCAUUUAAACUUCCUGACUGCCUUGGUUGUCUAUCUUCACUAGAAGAAUUGCAUCUAAGUGCAAAAUUUGUUGAUGAAAUACCUACAAGCAUCAAGCAACUUUCUAAAUUGAGAAGUCUUUACGUUAACAAUUGGAAGAACCUUCGAUCUAUACCGGAACUUCCAUAUGUAUGUCUUUUGGAUGCACAAGGUUGCACCUCACUGGAGAGUGUGUCGAGUUCGAGGAGUGCACUCAUGAAACCUUUUGAUCCAAAAAGGUUCGAACAGAAUCAGAAGCUUUUAUUUUUAGGUUGCCACAACCUGGACCAGAACGCUCGCGAUAACAUAAUAGCAGAUGCAAAGCUUAGAAUUUCUUCAAUGGCAGCACAUGCAGCAAUCUCGGAGAGCUACAUUGAUUAUGAUGCUUGCAUCUUUUAUCCGGGAAACGAAAUUCUGAAGUUCAUUGACCAUCAAGCUAGAGGUUGUUCUAUAGAUGUCAUGCUUCCUGCAAAAUGGCGGAGUUCUAGCUGCUUUGGUUUUUUGAUAUGCUUUGUUGUUAAAUUUAAUGAGUAUCAUUAUUCCAAGAAAGAUUUCCGAUGCGACUUCCAUUUGAGGACCAAGUAUGGUGAAAGUGUCAAACUUGAAACGCCAUUAUGGACAUGUUAUGACAAUGGCAUAAAAGGUACUCAAAUACUCAAUUCGGAUCAUGUUUUCUUGUGCUUCAAGUACCCUUCUUCUUGGGCACUGGCUUGUAAAGAAGCAGAUGAUAACAACAUCACCGAAAUGUCAUUUCACAUCUAUGCAUUGGAUUGGCAAACUGGAUCACCUGUUCUUGGAAAGUCAUGCGUAAUCAAAUCCUGUGGUGUCCGCCUGCUAAGUCUCCAAGACGCAAACGAAUUCCGUGGUCUCUCAAGUAGUAAUACAGAAUAUUGUAGUAGCUCAUGCAAAGAAGUUGAUGAUGCUAUGAGCAAAUGGUCUGAACCAAGAGAGAUUUGUUCACUAGGAAAUGAAGAAAAACCAAAUGGGUCUGAAACAUGUAGAGAAAUUGCUUCUGGAACUUUUAUUAAUGACACUAUGCGUGGUGCCAACGAAGAAGAAGUCGUAAUAGUACCCGGCUCUGCUACAGUUGAAAUAGUGCCCGGCUCUGCUACAGAAGAAGAAGAAGAAGUUGAAAUAGUGCCCGGCUCUGCUACAGAAGUUGAAGAAGAAGAAGAAGAAGAAGAUGAAGUUGAAAUAGUACCCGGCUCUGCUACAGAAGUUGAAGAAGAAGAAGAAGAAGAAGAAGAAGUUGAAAGAGUACCCGGCUCUGCUACAGAAGUUGAAGAAUAUAAACAAAGCGGAAGUGGGAUUUCGGAGCUCUCUAAAACUGCAGAGAAAGAUGAGGAGGAAGAUCCAAAGUCAAUUGCAUCAUGCGGUUGCUUUUUAUUUCUCUCCCAUUUUAAAGAGAUUUGCGAGGGCAUUCUUGGGAAGAAAUCUGCGAGCGGAAGAGAGAUGCAAACAGGAUCGCAUAAAGCUGCUGAGGAGCGACUUCAGGAACUGGUGGAAACUGUACAAAGUCUUCAAUCAGAGAACAUCAUGUUACGAGAUCAAAACAUUCAGCUUUCGCAGUAUCUCCAAAUGUUGACCCUCAGAUCACCGCUGCAGCUGAUCGCUCCUCCUCCUCCUCCUCCUCCAUUUCCGAUGGACACACCUGAUCAGAGCCCCGAGAACUGUUUCCCUCCAAAUUCUCCCAUGGCCGUGGCUGGUCCUCCUACACUGCUGCAGAUUAUGCCUGAUCUGAACAUACAGAUUUUGCACAACUAUUCACAAAUGGUGACUCCUGGACAUGGCUUUACUGGAUUUCAACCGUCAGAUCGGCAAGUUCAUCAAAAUCGACGAAUCUUUCUACCGCAGGGAAUUUCUACGCAUCCACUUGCUCAAAAGAGCCAACUGAUAUGGCAGCAGCAAGGCCUCUCGCGAACGGUGAUGUCGAGACCAAACUGAUCAUCUAUCAACUCUAUUAUAAUUCUGAUUCUGGUACACGGGACAUGAAAGCUCAAAAGUCAUUGUUUGUUCAAUCCAAUAUUUCAGUUUGUGCUGAUCUUCUAGGAUUUUCUGUUUUAAAUAUGGGUUUGUUUGCUUUGAGUUAUGCAGCAGUAGGACGCUAAUCCUUUGGAGGGAA